AACUCGUGUUGCUGAAGCUUGACUGGAGGGUUCCUCUGCUUGGUGUGGCAUUCCCAUCCUAACGCUCAUGUGGUAACAUCCAGCGUUGCUUGGCUUCUGCUUCAUGCUGGCCUGACUCCAGGAAUUUGAAGUAGACAGGGCAGGGCAGGUACAGAGAAAGAAAGACAGAAUACAUGCAUGCUGGAGAGAUAUAAGUAAGUUUUAAAGUGGUAGAGAAAAAGAACAGAGGUCGAAAGAAGACAAGAAAGGGACAAGCAGGUGAAUAAGCAAAUAUUAGUAAAAGGAAUCUAGAAGAAAAACAUCAGCUAGCUGAUUGUACACUACACAUCUACUGACAUGGCAGCCAUGGAAGCACUGGAAUCCUCAAGCGUCCAGCUAGAGCCUCAAACCCUCACUGAGAUCUCAGACGACGAAGUAAACCUCCCACCCUCAGAUGAUGAAGAUGAUGCCCUUGCUGCGGCCAAGAAAGAGCUGCCCACUGUGGCCAAAGAGGGGGUUGCUGCUGAAGAAAAAGAUGAGGCAAAGCUGGACCCUCAGGUGAAUGGGGUCAUGGUUCUGUCUUUGCUCGACAAGAUUAUUGGAGCAGUGGACCAGAUCCAGCAGACCCAGAGUGGGCUGGAGGCCAGGCAGCAGGAGAUGGAGCAUUGUGUGACUGGCAUUCAGGGUGAGCUGACCAAAUUGACCAAGAGCCAUAGCACCACAUCCAACAGUGUCAAUAAGAUGAUGGAGAAGGUGCGAAAGGUAAGCGUCAACGUCAAGACAGUGCGGGCCACCCUGGAGAAGCAAGGAGGCCAGAUCAAGAAACUGGAGAGCAAUGAGGCUGAGCUGCUGAAGAGACGCAACUUUAAAGUCAUGAUCUACCAGGAUGAAGUGAAGGUUCCCUCAAAACUCAGCAUCUCUAAAUCCAUGAAGGUUUCUGAGUCUGUGUCAGGAAGCAGAGGCGGCAGCCUGCUAGAGCUCAAGGAAACUGUGGAAGAGCCUGGAGAGGAAGGAGGAGAAGAAGAAGAGAAGGCAGACAAACCCCAUGUAGACCUUUCAUCAGAUGAAGAAGGGUUGGAUAUUGAGCAGGCCAUUGAGGAGUCUCGUGCCGAGCGCAUCAAGCGCAGCAGCCUGCAGCGUGUACAAACCUUGAAGACAGUCUUCUCAAAGGAGAAGAUGGAUAAGACCAGAGCAAAGACCAAAGAGAACCUGGAGAGGACCAAACAAAAAACCAAGGAGAACCUGGAGAAGACUAAGCAAAAGACAAAAGAAAACUUGGAAAAGACCAGGCAGAAAACCAAGGAGAAUUUGGAGAAGACCAAGCAGAAGACCAAGGAGAACCUGGAGAGGACACGUCACAACAUUGAGAAGAAAAUGGGAAAGCUCGGAACACGCAUGAGUGUCAACCCUGAGCGCAAGCAGAAGAUCCAGACAUCCCGUGACAAGAUGAAGAAGGCCUUCACACCUGACCAUGUUGUUUAUGCCCGAUCUAAGACUGCCGUGUACAAGGUGCCCCCCUUCACCUUCCAUGUCAAGAAAAUUCGUGAGGGUGCUGUUGAAGUGAUCCAAGGCACUGAGAUGGUGGAGGUGUCCCAAGAUGCUGAACACUUCAGUGGCAUGGAUGGGGAGGCUGAAGAGGCUGCAGUGGAAGUUGAAAUGGAAAUGAUGAAUGGAGGAGGGGAUGAGGAAGAGGCUGAGGAGGAUGAAGAGGAUGACAGCCAAGAUGUCCUGCAGGAUAAUGAAGACAGAGAUAGAGACAGUGACUAGGUAAAGAUUAAGGAAUUUGGAAAGGUUUUCAGAAAAUCCUUUGGAGCAACCCUGAGGUUCUUUUGUAAAAACUGAUGAUUGAGAUUGUUAAAGGAUAAUAGUAGUUAUUACUAUUUGGGUCUAAUUUGGUUCUUAUUUUUGUGCUUAAUUUUCCAUUAUUCCUAUUAGUUAUGAUAAUUUUGAACUCACCAAAGUGUUUGCUGAGAUCUGGGAAUAUACCAGUAUUCCUAAGUUUGAAGGGUCAUUCAGACAAUGAAAUGGGUGGUUAAAGAGCCAGGUGGAGGAUGAAAAUGAUCAUCUUUAUUUUCUCUAUGAAAUAGAUUUGCUGACCUUGUGGGUUUAUUUCAAUUAUGAUUGAUUGUUUACUGCGAAUGUCUCUUGAUUUAUCAGACUUUUUUUUUUCCGAAAUUUUCGCCAUGUCUGGAACAAACCAGAGCAAUUAAACACUACUUGUAGGGAGGAUCUUUUUGUUUUGGUAUGGUAUAAUUGUUAUUUUAGAAUAAAUAUAUGGUUAAAUAGUAACAUGAAAAUAUUCUGAAAGGGGUCACUUUUAGUGACAGAAAGAAUCAUCGUGUGAAUCUGCAGCUCUU